GUUUCGUACUGAGGUAAACUAUGACGUCCUGGAAGUGCGUGACGGCCGGUUCCCCUCCUCGCCUCUGAUUGGUAGUUACCAGGGUACCCAGGUGCCCCAGUUCCUCAUCAGCACAUCCAACUUCCUGUUCCUUCUCUUUUCCACCGACAAGAGCCACUCGGACAUCGGCUUCCGCAUCCGUUAUGAGACUCUACAGCUACAGUCAGAUCACUGUGUCGACCCUGGCAUCCCCGUCAACGGCCAACGCCAUGGCAACGACUUCUACGUAGGUGCCUUGGUAACGUUCAGCUGUGACGCCGGGUACUCCCUCAGCGACCCAGAACCCCUGGAGUGUGAACCAAACUACCAGUGGAGUCGACCCCUGCCCAGCUGUGAUGCUUUGUGUGGAGGUUAUAUUCAGGGUAACACCGGUACCAUCCUCUCCCCUGGGUUUCCUGACUUCUAUCCUCACAACCUCAACUGCACCUGGAUGAUAGAGUCCUCCCACGGGAAAGGUGUCCAGUUCACCUUCCAUACAUUCCACCUAGAGUCUCCUCAUGACCACCUGUUGGUGACAGAGAACGGCAGCUUCCCCGAACCCCUGUGGAGACUAACGGGCUCAACACUGCCACCCACCCUCAGUGCAGGCCUGUAUGGGAACUACACCGCUCAGAUACGCUUCCUCUCAGACUUCUCUGUCUCCUACGAGGGAUUCAACAUCACCUUCUCAGAGUAUGACCUGGAACCAUGUGAAGACCCGGGAGUUCCUCCUUACAGUACCCGUAAGGGGUUACAGUUUGGGGUAGGGGACGUGCUCAUCUUCUCCUGUUUCCCUGGUUACCGUCUGGAGGGGCCGGCGAGGGUGACGUGUCUUGGUGGGCGGAGGAGGGUGUGGAGCUCCCCUCUGCCAAGGUGUGUUGCUGAGUGUGGAUCCUCAGUGACUGGCAUGCAGGGAGUGCUGCUGUCUCCUAACUACCCAGGUUACUAUGGGAACCACCACGAGUGUAUCUACUCUAUACAGACCCAGCCAGGCAAAGGCAUCCAGCUCCGAGCACGAGACUUCAGACUGGAGGACGAUGACAUGCUCAAAGUGUUUGAUGGCAAUAGUAACCAGGCUCGUCUGUUGGGUGUUUUCUCUGGGACUGAGCUGCAGGAAAACACGCUCAACUCUACAUCCAGCUCCAUGUGGCUGGAGUUCGUCAGUAACGCAGACAACACCAGCAAGGGCUUUGAGCUACACUUUACCAGUUUUGAGCUGUUGAAGUGUGAGGACCCGGGUGUUCCUCAGUUUGGUUAUAAGAGAGAAGAUAAGGGUCACUUUGCUGGCAGCACCGUGUGUUAUAGCUGUGACCCAGGAUACACCUUGAAGGGACCCCAGAUCCUGACCUGUUUGAGGGGGGAGAGGAGAGCCUGGGAUAGCCCCCUGCCCUUAUGUGUCGCGGAGUGUGGGGGAACCAUCAAGGAUGAGCCUACAGGUCGAAUACUGUCUCCAGGUUACCCAGCUCCAUAUGAACAUAACCUGCACUGUGUCUGGAGCAUCGAAGCGGCCCCAGGAAGCACUAUAGGUCUCCACUUCCUGGUAUUCCAUACGGAGGAGGUCCACGAUGUGUUACGUAUCUGGGACGGUCCCCAGGACGGAGGGGUCCUCCUGAGGGAGCUCAGCGGAUCGACCCUUCCGCCUGACGCCCACAGCACCUUCAAAGCCGUCAGCCUCCAGUUCACCACCGACUUCUUCACAUCCAAACAGGGCUUCGCUCUGCAGUUCUCUGUGUCCACUGCCACGUCGUGUAACGACCCAGGUCUGCCCGCCAACGGGACCCGCAGUGGGGACAGCAAGGAGCCCGGAGACCAUGUCCUGUUCCAGUGUGAUCCCGGUUACGUCCUUCAGGGGGCCACCAAGAUCACCUGCACAGAGAUCAACAGCCGCUUCUUCUGGCAGCCUGACCCCCCCACCUGCACAGCUCCGUGUGGGGGGAACCUGACGGGCCCCACUGGGCUGAUCCUGUCCCCAGAGUACCCCGAGCCGUACCCCCAUGGGCGAGAGUGCGACUGGACCGUCUCUGUCACCCCUGACUACGUCAUCGCACUCAAUUUCAACCAGUUCAGUCUGGAGCCCAGCUAUGACUUCCUCCACAUCUAUGACGGCCCUGACUCCCUCCACCCUCUGUUGGGGAGUUUCUAUGGUACUGACGUCCCCGACCGCAUCGAGAGCAGCUCCAACACACUCUUCCUCGCCUUCCGCAGCGACGCAUCGCUCAGCAGCAACGGCUUCAUCCUGCAGUACACAGGUAGGUUCUCUCUCUCAGAGAACCCUAGAGAGUCAUGCUUUGAGCCGGGGGUGGUGAGGAACGGUACCAGGAUUGGAUCUGACCUUAAGCUGGGCUCAACCACCACCUACUACUGUGAUAGUGGAUAUACUCUGGAAGGAGAACCCACUCUGACCUGCGUCAUGGGAUCAGACAGCAAGCCCUCCUGGAACAAACAAAAACCAAUCUGCAUAGCUCUGUGUGGAGGGCAGUAUUCUGGGCUGGAGGGUGUGGUCUUGUCUCCCGGUUACCCAGGCAACUACAGCAGUGCCCGGACAUGUCUGUACUCGGUGGUCGUGCCCAAAGACUAUGUGGUGUUCAGCCAGUUUGCGUUCUUCCAGACGGCUCUGAAUGACGUGGUGGAAAUCUACGACGGAGCAACGCAGCAUUCCAGAGUCCUCAGUUCCCUGUCUGGGACACACACAGGAGAGUCGCUGCCGUUGGCAACAUCCAAUCAGGUUCUGAUCCGAUUCACCUCCAAAGGCCAAUCCAGCUCCAAAGGAUUCCACCUGGUGUAUCAAGUGGACAGAAUGUGGUCCGCCCACCUCUCCUACCCCGCCCACCUCUCCUACCCCGCCCACCUCUCCUACCCCGCCCACCUCUCCUACUCCGCCCACCUCUCCUGCAGGAAGAUACGUAUUGGAGGGAGACCACCUGCCAUAGGUAGGACACAGUCUGACUGUCCCCAACACAGAGACCCUGGCACACCUAACUGGAACUCAUCUAUACCCAGCUGUAUAGUACCAUGUGGUGGUAAUCUGACCCAGAGGACCGGUACCAUCCUGUCUCCUGGUUUUCCUGAGCCCUAUCUCAACAGCCUCAACUGUGUCUGGAAGAUCACGGUCCCGGAAGGAUCAGGAAUACAAAUCCUGUUACUGUCUAUUAUCAGUUUUGUGACUGAACAGAACUGGGAUUCUCUAGAUCUGUUUGAUGGAGGAGACCUACAAGUACUAUUGGUCUCCCCUGCAGGAACGACGGUCCCUGCUCUCCUGAACAGCACGUCCAACCAGCUCUACCUCCACUUCUUCUCUGACAUCAGUGUGUCUGCUGCCGGCUUCAGGCUGGAAUACAAGACGGUCUCUCUGACCAGUUGUCCAGAGCCAGUGGUACCUAUGAAUGGUAUCAAGGUGGGAGAGAGACUCCACAUGAACAGCGUUGUCUCUUUCCAGUGUGAGCCAGGAUACACAUUACAGGGAAACUCUCACAUCUCCUGCAUGCCAGGGACCGUCAGGCGAUGGAACUACCCACCUCCACUCUGCAUUGCUCAUCAAUACGCUAAGAACCUAAGACUAAACACCUCCCUCUGCAACUGGAUUCUGGAUUUUCUGGCGGGACGCCCCCAGAUGGUGAGGGGGCCCGUCAUGCUAACCCUCAACACAGAGGCCCCUCAGGGGUGCGUACUUAGUCCCCUCCUGUUCAACCACAUCAGUGUGGCCGCGCACGACUCCAACACCGUCAUUAAGUUUGCUGACGACACGACGGUG